AUGGCUGGCCAGGUCUUAAGUUCGGCUCAAAGGCCACCGCCAUUGUAUCCACAGGCCACUCCAUACACCAUAUCAUCGGCUCCGUCUGGCGCAACUCCUCUACAGAGUCCUCUUACACCAGGUAUCGGCAUGUCCACUUCUGGUGCUACCAGCAGGCCCUCGAGUGGACUGGGGCCACUACAGUCUCAGCAUAGGUCCCCACCAGGAGGAUCCGCGGCAAGGUCUACUGACUUCGUUCAGUCUUACCAUUCCACAAUGACACCGCCUGGGGUGUCGUUACCUGGCUAUGCAGAGAUCGGUCAUCCGCGUGGAUCUCUUGUACCAAACAUGUAUCCGGACUCCAACGGGACGGCUACUAGCCUGCAGGGACAGAAACGUGCUUAUCGACAACGGAGAAAGGAUCCAAGCUGUGAUGCGUGUCGAGAGCGUAAAGUGAAGUGCGACGCCACCGAAAGCACGAGCUGUACAGAAUGUACCAGUAGGAAUGUGAAAUGCCAGUUCACAAAAGAGACAAACAGGCGCAUGUCCAAUAUCAGACACAAUCAGGACCUUCAGAAAGAAUUAGCCCAGGCAAAAUCACAAGUGAAUCACCUUCGCUCGAUCUUGGGAUCCGGGGAAGGUGCGAGUCCGGUCCAUGGUAUCUCUGCUUCGGACCCUCUUCCCCAAACCCACCCUCUUGCGCAUCUCCCAGGUCCAGAGCCCUCAAACCUUCACAAUAUGUCUCAUCUUCCAGGACCGGAGACCACAUACUUUCCACGGUAUGUAAGUGAGCGAUUUUCAGGGUACGAAGAAAGACAGCCAAAAAGGCGGAGGACAAUGGCUCCACAGGAUUUGUCCAGGAUAGGUUCCACUAUGCAGCAACGCGGUAGGGGCAUCUUCAAGCCGCCGUAUCCGCAUCAACAAAUUAACUCAUCGGACCUGUUCUCGUCUUCGCUUCCUGGACUUCCUCCGAAGCAUGUGGCAGACACUCUUAUGCACCAAUACCGAACCACGCUUCAUCCAACGUUACCUUUGGUUCACUGGCCAUCGUUCCAAGAGCAAUAUGACAGUGCUUAUAAGAAUGGGUCGCUGCAUGGUGUUCCGCGAAUAUGGAGUGCUCUUUUGUUUGCCGUCUUCGCUUGUGGAACGCUGCAUCGCUCUUGGUAUGAUGGCCAGAAGUAUUUGGAAAUAUCCAAGUCUCUUAUAGAUAUGUGGACUGAAGACCUUACCCUUGAUCAUGCACGUGCUGCGCUUCUCAGCAGCAUAUUUCUCAUUGAAAUGAACCUCAAAUCUGCUGGCUGGACCUGGAUUGGUUUUGCCGUGCGGAUUUCUUUUGAUAUUGGCCUGCAUUGCGAAGCUGGAACCUGGCCUGCCAUUGAAAGGGAGAUGCGCCGACGUGUUUGGUGGUGUGUGUAUGCCUGCGACUGCUUGCUGUCGCUGGAAUUGGGGCGACCUUCCUUGACCAAAGAGGAAGACUGCAAUGUUGGCAUGCCAAGUCCUAUCGAUGACCAGUAUAUGAUACCGGGAAUUCCUUGGGCCUCCUCCCCAGAUCCAGAGCAAUCAACGUCGCCCCUUCUCCCUAUGAUACAGGUCAUCGGUGGCAUCGCUAGACUUUUACGGGUUCUUAAAAGUGAUCGUUUAGCUAAAUCUGCAUUGCAAGCUUAUGAUUUGCACUUCAACCAAUGCGUUAAUGCAUUCCCUGCACAAAAACAACGCCGAGCCAAUGGCUACAUCCAUCCAACUGAGCUCCCACCCCUUAUAUACCUACAAAAUGCUCGGCUCAUGCUUCAUCGACACAACUUAACGCCUACCUGCGACUCCGUUGAAAGGUCUACCGCAAUUGAUCAAUGUGUACUUGUUGCAAAAGAUACUGCCGGAUUCCUUCGCCGUUGCAUGCAGCCACCUGGGGAGCCUCGAUCACACGAAGCAGAGCAAAACGACACUUGGGAAAGCCGCAUGAUUUCAGCAAGCAGUGCUUUCUUUUGUACACACGUCUGGCGCUGCACACUCUUUCUGUGCUUUCGCCUCGAUUUUGAGAGCGCGCUUUCAUGUGCUCGAGCGAGCGCCACUUUGGGAAACACGCGUCCAGUCAAUGUAGACUGUGGCCGAUAUCUCGAGUUCUUUCUCCACGAGAUGACAUCUAAGCUGGAUCAUAGAGUCCAGAUCGACACGGACGAGGAGAUGAUCGCAUACGUGUCUGGGGAUCUCCAGGGUAGCUUCGAGAAUUCGUGGAUAUGGCAAGAAGGUAAAGGUGGUGUACAAAUAUCAAGUGAAAAAGAUAAACAAGAUUUGAAACGAAUUCUUUCACCAGCCAGGCCUCAAACAAAGCAGUCCGACUGGAAUGGGUGGGACGACGUCUUGAGGACCAUUGAAAGGUUGUCGCGCAAGAAGGAACAAGAGCAACAGCAUCUUGCUAUUCAGGAAUCGUCACUACGGCCAUCCAUGAUGUUACCUCCUCUGGCGCCAUCGCCAAAUUCCAUGAGUCCGUCAAACCGAAUGAGCAUCAAAGACCUGAUUUAG